AUGUCAUCUACAGUUAUAAGUAGGAGGCUAAUGGUAUUGGUCAAGACCAAUACCAUCGGUUCAAUCCGUACCUUUUCCCAUUUCACUCCUUUACACAAUGAAGAAUCAAUCAGACCUUCUAAACCAGAAAUGAAAAGUGAUAAAGCUUGGAUAAAUAAUUCAUCUAAUUCAUCAUCCACAUCGGAAAUUACCAAACAAGUGAUUGGUAUGACUAAAUCCAUUCAAGAAACCAACCAACCUCCAUUAAACAUUAAUCCUAUGUAUACUAGAAACUUUGAAUUUGGUCAAAUUUAUGAACCAUUUGAUUUUUCAAAUUUAAAACAUGAUAUUGAAAAGAGACAUGUUCAAAAAUCAAUUAAAUCUUUAAGAGAUCCGUUUGAAAAAUCAGGUAUUGAUCCUUCAACUUUAUAUAUAUAUCCUGAAAUCUUAUCCAAAUAUUUAUCAUCAACUGGUCAAAUCUUACCAAGAAGUUUAACAGGGUGUAAUGCUACAAAUCAAAAGAAAUUAGCUAAUGCGAUUAAAACAGCUAGAUGUUGUGGAUUAUUGGCUUCAACUAAUAGACAUAAUAUAACUCUUCCAUCUAGAAUCUUAUAA